GGAGGAGGGAUGUUGCACAUGCUUCAGUUCUGACACAGAGACCGACUCCUACUAGACUAACUGACCGGGAACAGGUCGACCGACGCGGCUGCACGUGAUGGAAUAACACCGAUAGCGCCUGAACGCUUUCUGCUGGAUAGAAUGAAGCCGUGAUGGGUUUGAUGGAGCUGACUUCUGUUCAGAUACCAAACACACCUCCAUGCUUUUUUAGAACACAAUUUCUGCCACAAAAUGGCUGGGAGUCAGAAUAACUACUGGGAACAACAUGACCUGGACAGAGUGUUUUGGUCUAAAUGUUGACAUGGAACAAAACCUGACGGAGCUUCAACAGCAGCAAAUGGCCGAGGAGCUCAACUGCAACAUCUCCCUCUCCCAGUCUCCUUUCCACCGCCUAGUGUCUGAUAACAUGCUACGGCCUCACGAGGGCGACCAGGUGGUCCCUUCUUCCCAGAGACGGACAGUGUUUGGGGGCCACCAGAGAGAAGCCAAACCGCUGCCGCCUCUGCCGGACCCUGAGGAGCUCAUGUCUGAUGAGGCCGCCGACAGUGAGGUGGAGUUUUUUACCAGUGACCGACGGCGACUUUUGCCCAAAAGCUGUCCAAAGGCCAUGUGCAGGGGCAUGAACACAGACUCUGGCAAAGUGAAUUACGCUUACCAGGAGAGCUGGUGGCGGUCUGGUGGUGCUGGGACCGGCUCCAUGGCUUUCUCGUGGCCAAGCAGAGAGGACAGACCGACCUGUAGGGGAAGUGGGUUUUGGACACUAGCUGCCCAGAGAGAAGACCACCAGCCUGUGGUGUCAGCGGUCGGGGAUACUUUGUCUAGCAAACAGCCGGACCAACACAGACUCCGGUUUCCCUGUUCAGGCCUUACUUCCCAGCCUCUCCACAGCAGCACCUCAACUGGUCCCACUGACAAACCACUAAUCCCUCCUCGUAUCCCCAUCCCACCAAAGCCACCUGCUCUCUCAAAGACUGCGAGCGCCAACGAGGAAGACAAGCCUCCCAAAAUCCCUCCAAGGGUCCCCUUAGUCCCACCCUGCCCACCACGUACCCCGAGCCCCAAAAGCCUUCCGAUUUAUAUCAACGGAGUGAUGCCUGCCACACAGAGUUUUGCUGCUAACCCAAAUUAUGUGAGUAAGGCAUCACAGAGACAGCAGAGCGAAAGGGUGCCACCUGCAGCUCAGUUUUCUCCCUGCAUUGUUCCCAUUUUGAAGGACGGCAGAAAGGCCAGCGCUACACACUACAUCCUCCUGCCGCCGGGCCGACCGGUGUACUCAGACAGACGAGAGAGACUCCUGAGUGAACCAGCCCGGAUGGGAAGCAGCGGUGUCUGGCAGAACAGAUAGAAAGCCUCACUUAUGUCACUGUGUGAGACUGUGAAGGACAUCAGAACCAUGUGAAAACAUCUACAUGCUACAUUGUUAUUUUCCAUGACGUAUGACGUAUUUCAACACAACUCUGUGAGGUUUGAUCUGUUUUUAACAUCUUACCGCUCAGUAUUUUUAGCAACAUGAAAAAAUGAUAACAUUCCAGUAUUUUCACUAACACAUGAGAAUAUUUACAUAAAGGUUUUUCAUUUGGGUUUACUCAGAAUGUUCAGAUUUCACACAGUGAACAUGUCUCAUCACUCAUUCACUUUUAAGUCUGACAGCCAUAUGUGCAUAUCACUAAUACUAUAUUUCUUACAGGAGAGCAAAUAAUUACUGUACGUGCAAGCUGGGCUUGUACCAAACGGCUCAUUCCAUGUGCGUUUCUUUUAAUGACAAUGCUGCUUGAAAUCUUAAGUAUGAUUGAUUGAUUGAUUGAUUGAUUGAUAGAUUUAAUGUUUUGCUGAAUCAUUCUCACAUUAAGAUUUGUUAAAUUUAACAAUGUGGCCAAUAUUAACACGACACAACACAACCGAAACAUGAUUUGAACUACAGUGAAACAAACACUUCCCCUGAUAAAUCUCUUAACUUCUGUUUCUAUUUCAGUGCUAAUGACUUUUGCAAAAUAUGACAUAAGCAUUGACUCUUGCAUCACAUUCUAUGCUCAUGUGCUCAAAGUUGAAUUUAUUUGAAACCUGCAGCCACCCUCAAAAUGAUUGACAGGUCUUUUUUUUUUUAUAAAUAUGAAGUACACAAGUCAACAACUCUUUACUUUUUUUUUUAUCAGUAGUGUUUGUAUGCACAGUAAAAGAAGCUUUCAUUUUAAAUUGUGCUCAAAUCACAAACUUUUAAUCGUUAUGAUGAAUUGUUUUUAUUAUGUUUGUGCUUUUAUCUCAAACAAUAUAUGUUCAAAAACGUACAGAUUGGGCCUUUAAUGAUUCUUUAUUUGUGUGUGUGUGUGUGUGUGUGGGCAUGGAAGUCGUGUUACGUUUACACUGUAGAGAUGCAGUACCCGGUCUACAACCCUCGUUACAUCAAGAGGUUGGAAGUUCUCAUGAAGAUUCUGUUUAGAAGUUCAUAAUGUUGUUCAUGUCAAAAGUAAAUUGUUG